AUGUCUUGCACUCCGUCUGCCACUGCAACGGAGUACACCACUAUCACUACAUUUACGACCUCCACGUCCCUCUCCCAGAGCGUAGUGAACAACCAGGCUACAGUCACGACCAUCGUGCAGCAGACCUGUAUCGCCACAGGCACCGUGAGUGGAUCAGGUUGCUCAAGUGCAGCAGUCACGCAGGUGAACACCAUUGGAGGCGGAAGUAUCACCACACAAGUACCUGUAAUCGUUACGGUCCCGGUCACCGUGACCCAGCCAACGAACACACUCUUUGCCACUUGCUCCAAUGGUUCGACACAGUCGCAGCCGACAUCGCUGUCCUCAACCAGUCAAACAACUUCCAGUUCACCAACGCCUAGCUCAGAGACAACGUCUGUGCUGGUAGUGACCACACCAUCACCGUCUAUCAUCACUCAAUCGUCUUCUACAACCCUUUCGAAUGGUGAUGUGGUUGCAACUGUGAUAACCACGACGUCCACACUGCCACCAUCUUCUGUUUACGUCCCCUCUGUGAUAUCAAACCCAACUGCCACAAGUUCGAAUCAAAGUUCGUCAGGCACAAACGUAGCCCCCAUAAUCGGGGGUGUCGUUGGCGGUUUUGUUGGAUUGAUCGUGAUCGUGAGCGCUUUGUGGUACCUCUGCCGGAGACGCAGGUCAUGGGAUGAUAUAUUUGAAAGAGAAGCUCUUGGUGAUGAGGAAUUCGAUGCACCGAUUGCUGUGCGCCGAGACCGUGACAGGAACAGGCUGGAUCUCGGCGCUGAACCUAAACCAUAUCAGUAUGGCCUUGUCGGGCGUGUAACGCCACCUCCAGGGUCCGGUUCUCCGCCAAGCACUCCUCGUCAAUCACAUCCUUCAUUCAGCGCUUCUGUGGCAAGCACCCACAGUCGCAACACAUCAAUCACCCCUUUGCUUGGCACUAGUUCUGCGCCCGGGAACGCCUCAAAGUCUUCCACUUCGGGGUCUACGCAGGGAGUACAGACACUUGCACUAAGGCACCUCAGUGCGACGUCCCAAUCGACAUCCCAAUCCUCGAUGGGUCCUCGAUCGCUGUCUGUGGUUUCUACUGGCAGUAGCUCGACGCCUUUGUUAGAUGGGUCUGGAUCUUCCUCACUUUCAUCGAGCAACCGCGUCGAUGAGCUUGGCUCGUUUGAUCCGCUUAAUCGCACAGGAAGUCCUGCCCCUGUGAUCGACAGACGGGUUUUGCAAAUCAUCAACGACGUUCCUCAGUCGCCCCAACCCAGUGCUGCUCCAGCUCCUUCUUCAUCUGCACCUGCCCAGUUGCCCGGUAAAAAAGCUGCCAGACGAAGGCGAUCUAAUAGUGUGGUCGUGCACACAGAUGCCGGACUUGUUUCUCCCAACGUGGGUGGUACAUCAAAUGAACCCCCGCCCUACUCGAGAGAGUAG